AUGGCCGUCGAAGUAUCCCACGGCAGAGGUGGAGCCGGCAACAUCAACGAGGAUCCAACCGAAUACGGUGACGGGGAAGUUGUUCGUGCGGGGGUGGAGGGGAGUCACGGUGACGGUGCCUACAGUGCUGGCCGGGGAGGUGCUGGCAACAUCGCGGACGCUGGAAGGGCUCCCACGCCGCGCAAAGAUCAGGACGUGAUUCCCGACGCGGCGUACCGCGCCAGUCUCGACAAGCAAGACUACCACACCGGUCGCGGCGGCGCAGGAAACGAGCACCUCGCGCACGACCACGGAAAGAAGGCUGCGCAAAGGCCGGCCGCGAACGAGACGGAGACACCGGUCGGGUUGGCGGACAAGUUGAAGCAGAAACUCCUGGCCGUCUUCAAGAAGUGA